UGCUGACAGCCGGGAGCCAGCAAUCCGCUUACUGAGCGUUGAAAUUAAACGUGCUCUGCAUUUCAUUGGAUUCUUGUCAGAUAUGUUCAUUGCUCGAUUUGCUAAAUAAGUACUUCGACAGUAGUGCUUUGCGAUUAUUUCACUGAGCGCGCGAACGUUUUAUUUUUUCGUUUGUUUUGUUCUGGAAAGUAUUUAAUGCGACAACGUGUUUUGUAAGCGGAGAGCGACUUCGACUUCCUUAGACAUGUGUAUGGGAAGAGACUAUCAAGUACACGUCCUAGUUACGGUGUGGGUUCUCGCUGCCACGGUGACACGAUUAUACGGACAAGUGUCUGACCAAGGAGGAAAUGCAGUGGGCCAGAAGAGAGUGGAUUCAGGCGCCGUGGUGUUCACACACAACCCCACCCCGGACCGGGAGGGCGAGGCCCAGCCCUUCACCACGGCUCCGCCCCUCAACGCCCCCGACCACCACCCCGGCCUCCGGGGCUUGAGGCUGCAGCAGGCCCUGCUCACCAAGGACUUCCAGGGAGAGCAGCACUUCUUCAGCCCCACCGUGCCCGGCUCUUACUCCGCCCUGGAGGAGGGGGGGCCCUCCACCCCUGGGGUGCCCCACGAAGAUGCCCCUGCCUUCUCCGACAUCGCCACCACCUCCACCGUGGCCGGUACCACCCCCCUGACCCCCCCAGGCCCCACCGCAGCUCUGGCCCUGGCCCAGAAGAAGCUCUCCAAGGAUAGGGAGCGGGGGGAGGAGAGGGGCGUGUCAACCACCCCUGUCACCAAGACCGCUGUCGCCACGGGGAACAGCCACAGUGCCACUGGUCCCGCCGUUGAGGGUAAAGAUGUCGUGGAGACCACAGCCACAGCCACUGUUCUGACCACCUCAGUGGUGGAUGUGAAGGGAGAUGGGCGGGGGCUGAAGAACAACACGGGCGUGUCCAGGAAGUUGACCCCAUCAGGAGAGGGGGAUGAGGGGAGCACCGUCACCUCCACCAUCAUCACCUCCACCAUCACCACCAUGCACAUCGCAGGUCCUUGCAGUGUGAAUUUCAGCGACCCCGAAGGCUACGUCGAGAUUCCUCAUCACCCUGCGGCCAGGAUGGAGUCUGGAGCCAGGGUGGAGUCUGGAGUGGACUGCACCUACGUCGUGACCGUCUAUCUGGGUUACGGGAUUGAAGUACAGGUGCUCAACGCAAGCGUGUCCGAGGGGGAGCAGGUGACCCUGGAGGACAUGGGUGGCCGGGAGCCCUCCGUCCUGGCCAACCAGUCGGUCCUGACCAGGGGGCUGGUGCUACGCAGCUGGAGCAACCAGAUCAACAUCCAUUACCGCAGCCAGAGGCCAGCGGAGCGGGGGUCACUACUGCUACGUUACCAGGUGUUUGAGCUGAGUUGUUCCUUCCCCAAAGAGCCAGCUAAUGGGGAUGUAUCAGUGAGUCACCUGCAUGCGGGGGGUGAGGCGUACUUCCAGUGUGUGACGGGGUAUCAGCUGCAGGGCGCGGCCGUGCUGUCCUGCCGUAACGCCACCAGCCCAUACUGGAGUGGCCGGGAGCCCCGCUGCCUGGCUUCCUGUGGAGGGAUGAUCAAGAAUGCCACAUUUGGACGCAUUGUCUCCCCCGGUUUCCCCGGCAACUACAGCAACAACUUGACGUGUCACUGGGUGCUGGAGGCCCCGCCCGACCACAGACUGCAUGUGCACUUUGAGAAGGUGGCUCUGGCCGAGGACGACGACAGGCUGCUGAUUAAGAACGGGAACAACAUCGACUCCCCCCCAGUGUAUGACUCCUACGAGGUGGAGUACCUUCCCAACGAGGGCGUGGUCAGCUCUGGGCGACACCUGUUCGUGGAGUUCACCACCGACGGGACUGUCACCUCCACGGGUGCGGCCGUCAGAUACGAGGCGUUCGCUAAAGGGACGUGCUACAGCCCGUUUGUGAAGUACGGUAACUUCAGCAGCAGUGACCCGGGGUUCGGGGUGGGGGCCGUGGUGGAGUUUGCGUGCGACCCGGGCUACACCCUGGAGCAGGGCUCCGUCAUCAUCGAGUGUGUCGACGUCCAGAACCCCCAGUGGAACGAGACCGAGCCAGCCUGCAGAGCCGUGUGCAGCGGGGAGAUGACGGAUUCAGCCGGGGUGGUGUUGUCUCCUAACUGGCCUGAGGCGUACGACAGGGGCCAGGACUGCAUCUGGGGCGUCCACGUGGAGGAGGACAAGAGGAUCCUGCUGGACAUACAAGUUCUUCAUGUGGGCAAGAAUGACCUGCUGACCUUCUACGACGGUGAUGAUCUCACGGCCAACAUCCUGGGCCAGUACAGCGGCUCGAGGCCUCGCUUCCGGCUGUACACCUCCAUGGCUGACGUCACCAUCCAGUUCCAGUCCGACCCCGCCACCAACAUCUACGGCUACAACAAUGGAUUUGUCCUCCACUUUUUUGAGGUGCCUAGGAACGACACAUGCUCAGAGCUUCCUGAGAUCACCAACGGCUGGAAGAGCACCUCCCACCCUGACCUGGUCCACGGCACCGUGGGGACCUACCAGUGUUACCCCGGUUACCAGCUGUCCGGGGCCGAGAUCCUCAUGUGCCAGUGGGACCUAACCUGGAGUGGAGAUGUGCCCAGCUGUGAGAAGGUGAUGUCCUGUCCAGACCCAGGCGUGGUGGAGCACAGCCGCAGGGUGGUGCCGCCCCGCCUCCUGGUAGGCUCCACGGUGCAGUACGUCUGCAACAAGGGCUACAUGCUGUCUGGAUCCGGCCUGCUCACCUGCUACAACCGAGACUCAGCCAUUCCCAAGUGGAGCGAGAGGCUGCCCAAGUGUGUCCCUGAGCGGUAUGAACCCUGCAGGAACCCGGGAGCUGCCUCCACCAGCAUCCAGAGCCCAGAGCAGGCCUUCUACCAGGCGGGGGAGAGCCUCUCCUUCUCCUGCCGCCCCGGGUACCAGCUGCAGGGGGAGCCCUCCAUCCGCUGUGUCCCUGGACACCCCUCCCAGUGGAGCGCAGCCCCCCCUGCCUGCAGGGUGUCAUCGUCUACAGAGUACGUGAACGAGCGGAGGCUGGAUGUGACCAGCGGUGACAACGGCGCCGGAGGAAGCACCAUCCUUGUGGCCGUCCUGACCCCGGUGGCGGUCGUGUGUGUUGUGGCUCUCGGGGUCUACCUCUACUUUGCACAACAGGGGAAGUCUCUUCGGAUUCCCUCGUCAUCCCUGCCGCCAUAUGACAACAUUACAGAGGAGUCCGACUUUAACAAUCCUGUCUAUGAGACUGUAGUAAGUACGGAUGUCAUGCAUCUACAAGAUGUGGACUCUCACAACACCAUAGUGCUGUCCUGAUCCACCUGCAUACGCCUGCUCACCCGCCAUCUCAUGUCUCACCACCAGAGGGCCUGGAUUGCCCUUGCAUGUCCCACCCCUGAGCCAGACUGGGGUCUGGUGAGGAUUUUAGAGAUGCCAGCACAAUUAGAACAUGCACAUCUAACUACACUGCAGUUUUGAAUGAGCAAGACAAUGAUUUUGCUACAACUGUAGUAUAAUUAUUGAAUGACGGACAGGUAAUGAGAAAUGUAGCAUGUUCGCAUUUCUGUUAGACCGAUGUUAAUUCUGUGUAAGGAGAGUGAUAAGUGAAAAAAAUAAACAUGAAACAAGAAAAUGAACAAAAUAAGAAUAGUGUUAAUAAUUGUAAAAUAUUUUGUUCAGUGCUGCUAUAUGUAAUUCAUUGUGUCUCACAAGUCUGAUACUAUUUCAAUGAAAUUGAAUUAAAUUUAUUGAAUUGAUCCAGAAAGAAAGGCAAGUCAAUUUUAUGUUUGUAAGACUUAAACAUUUAUGUAGUUACUAGAUUUUUUUAUAAAAUAAAAAAAGGCACAUACGGUAUUGUUACACUUUAGGUAAAUUGUUAGAAAUGGUCUAUGCAAUGUUAGGGGCUUUAAGAUUAGCAGUGACAGGUGACACCUGAAUGAAGCCUCACAAGAUUGAUGUAUUUCUGAGCAGUGAUUCUCUCCAUCUCUCUGCCCCCCACACACUGUGCCCAUCUCUCUGCCCUCCACACACUGUGCCCAUCUCUCUGCCCUCCACACACUGUGCCCAUCUCUCUGCCCUCCACACACUGUGCCCAUCUCUCUGCCCUCCACACACUGUGCCCAUCUCUCUGCCCUCCACACACUGUGCCCUGCUCGCUGCCCUCCACACACUGUGCCCAUCUCUCUGCCCUCCACGCACUAUGCCCAUCUCUCUGCCCUCCACACACUGUGCCCAUCUCUCUGCCCUCCACGCACUGUGCCCAUCUCUCUGCCCUCCACACACUGUGCCCAUCUCUCUGCCCUCCACACACUGUGCCCAUCUCUCUGCCCUCCACGCACUGUGCCCAUCUCACUGCCCUCCACGCACUAUGCCCAUCUCUCUGCCCUCCACACACUGUGCCCAUCUCUCUGCCCUCCACACACUGUGCCCAUCUCUCUGCCCUCCACGCACUGUGCCCAUCUCUCUGCCCUCCACGCACUAUGCCCAUCUCUCUGCCCUCCACGCACUGUGCCCAUCUCUCUGCCCUCCACACACUGUGCCCAUCUCUCUGCCCUCCACGCACUGUGCCCAUCUCUCUGCCCUCCUCUUCCCCUCAGCAAACAGAGAGGCUGUGUGAUUACUAAUGACUUUCUGUCCUCCUUGGCUGUGCAGCAGAAGAACUGGGAGGUGAGGCGUCCUUCUGAUGCUUACGGUCCCCCUUAACUGCCCCGCCCCGCCACCCUGGGGUGUGUCUGUCCUCCUCGCCUGCCGGCCCCAAACCAGCUCAGAACAACUAGGCUUAUUAUUAUUGUUAUUAUUGUGGUUGUUGUAGUGGUGGUGGGGUUACACUGAAUGUAUGAGUUAAUCAAUUUAACUCGUUGCACAUUUUAUUUAAAAGAUGACAUCUUUUGUUAUUGUAAUUUUCUGUUUUGUUAUUCACCUCAGUGUGUCAUUCAUCAAGUUAUUGACAUGUUUCCAUCAGUAAAUAGACUUGGAUGAUGAGUGAAGGGUUAAAGGAUCACCCUUGCAGUUUUAAGUUGACCUGUAAAUCAUGAGGUAUGCACUCAGCUUAAUACGUUCAUUUUUGUUUUUGUCUGGUCUUGACAGGAUAAUACAGAUUAAGAGGUGCCCAUUUUAGAGUCCUAAAUUCAAGGAUCAUUCAAGUGUUGACUCUUGGAUCAUGUCUGCACUGCAACCCCUCACCAUAACUCUGUGCUGGUUUGUUUUCCAUUCCCUCCUGUUCAUGGGAUGAAUCUGUUCUUUGUCUUCCUUACCUGCCCUGCCGAGAGCACAGAUCAGCAUGGUGGUGUUUCUAUACAGCAGCGGAUGGCCUUUCUUUCUUGUUUCUCUGUUCUUGUUAUUGUUCUUGAGCCUUGGACUGGUGAAGGAAGUUACGAUUUUUCAAGUUAAAUAAGAGUAAUGAAUGUACUUACGUUUAAAGAUUGAAAACGUGACUAUCCAGUUGUUGAAACUAAUCUAAAUCAAGGUCCCAAAGCAAUUUUAUAUUUUGUCCUCACAUUUCCACCAAUAAUAGCAAUGUCUUUUUGCAUUUCAAUGAAUUUGAAAUAACCGCUUGUUACUAGCGUUACAACUAGUUAAUAAACCGCUUGUCUCAAACUAGGUUGUAUAUGAACGACUCUGGGGACCACACAGUGUUAUUCGUGAGAAGUUCAUGUUAUCCUUAUUCGUAAUUCAUGGUCUUGGAGAGAAAGAUUUUCUUUUGGUUUCUUUAUCUCACAGAAUACACCAAAAACAGCACCGUAUUAGGCCCUCGAACAUGAAAGACCACUUGUGCAAUUCUGAUGUCAAAUCCCCCUGGUGAAGGCUUCCUUAGGACGCUUGAUACAUCUGCCUCAUUGUAGAAAAAGGGAAGACUUUCAGUGACUGAAUUGUUAUUUGAACAUGAUUAAAGGCUACUGGAUACCUUUAUGUCUACAACUAAUUUACUUUAUUUCACACACAACAAAUGUACAUCUGCACAGGGGCGUUGUUAGACAUAAAGGCAUUCAUUUGAGCGCAAAUACAGUUUUUUUUAGCUUCAUGUAAUAUUGUUUUUAUGUUUUAGUCAAAAUAAGAUGAUCGGUAGGCCUAUCAUUUAGAAACUUUCUUUAGUUUUUUAAUGUUUUCUUAGCCUACCUCAAUUCUGACUUGUAGUGUCGGUCUGACUGCAGAGGCUAUUUGGCAAGCUCAGAAGAGCGCGCUAACGUUCUGCGUGUAUCGGUUUGUAUUUUCGGUUAAACUGCUUUGAUUUUACAAGCGUUGAUUGGGAUACUGCGUUUAUUUUUUCCGGGAUUAUCAAUCUAAAUGAAUGCACUGACUAAUGAAGUAAAUUGUUAAAUCUCAAACUUUUGAUUUUACUGGGGCACAGCAGAUUUAUCCUACUAGGCCAGUAAAAAGGGUCUAACGACGCCCCUGCAUCUGCACUUGACAUAAGUGGUUGUGAUUUGCAACAAUUUAUGAGUAAACAUUUUGCAACUUUGUUGACGUCAGAUUAUAAAACGUACUCGUUAUAGACAUGCUUGUUUUUCUUUUGUUCUUUGUUUUUUUAGCUAAUGUUACGUCAAGUAUUAUUAUUAUUAGUGUUAUUUUCCUUUACAUUGUAGGCCUAUACAGUCUGACUAGGCUAUGCUAGUCAUGACUGCCCAGCAAUUGUAAAUUCAAAUCAAGUUGUACUGUGGGUGUGAAUAUUUUGUUACUGUCGAACUGUCACUGUCCUACGAUUAUGAUGUGCAUUCAAAAUGUCCCUAACAGUAGCUUUGUUACCCGUUUCUUUGUUCGGGGGAUUGGACAGCAAAAUGAGUAAAUCAAAUUAAAUUCAAAAUAAAGUUUGCAAGAAAUCUA